CCCCGCUCCUCGCCAGAUCCGCUCCACCCCGACCUCCACCACACCUCUCCGGCGUAGAUCCGCCGCUCUCCGACCUCCUCCUGUCGCACGGAUCGCCGGUAACCCUAGCCCCCUCCAUUCCCCGCCCGCCUGGCCGCCGCCUCGUCUCCUCCGCCUCCCCCGCUCCUCGCCAGAUCCGCUCCACCCCGACCUGCACCCCACCUGUCCGGCGUAGAUCUGCCGCUCUCCGACCUCCUCCGCCUCUCCUCGGCCAGAUCCGCCGCUCCAGUGGACCUCCUCCGACUCUGCUCGGUCAGAUCCGCCGCUCCCCUCAGGCCCUCACCUCCUCCCCUCUCCUUUCUUCUACUUCUUCCUCACGAAUCCUCCUGUCCCCUCUUUGCGAGUCUGUGUGGCCUGCAACUCCGGUGAGGGCGUCGACGGCAACUUCGGUCUUCGGUGCUCCGGCAAAAGGCCGUGAGGGACCGAAGACCGGCGAUGGCCGCCGACGACUCCUACAACAAUGAGUUGCGGUCGAUGGGCUUUCGCGGAGAUGAUGAGGAUGACCUGUCUGCGGAUGCCGCUGAGUUGUUUGGGAGCAAUGCUGCCAUCGACCUGGAUCCAGAAGGACUUCCUCAGGGGACGGCCGCUGGAUCUGGCACUGGCAGCGCGAGCACCGCCGCUGCCACUGAAUCUGGCUCGACCAGGAAGAGGAGGGCGUCCACCUCCAAGGUCUGGAAAGACUUUGAUGAGAUCUAUGAGGUAAUUGAUGGUAAGGAACGUCGAACUGGUGCUAGAUGCAAGCAUUGCAAGAAAAACCUCACUGGUAAAUCAACCCAUGGUACUGGUCACUUGAAGCGGCACAUUCCUAUAUGCCCUGUUUUGAAAUCUCGUAAUGCCAUGACUCAAACUCAACUUAAGUUUAAUCCUGAUGGCUCUGUGCACCUUUGGGAGUACAAACCAGAAGUAGCUCGUACUGAGUUGUGUAGGUUAAUUGCUCGUCUUGACCUGUCUAUUUGCAUUGGUGAGUCUGAUGCUUUUGAAGAGUACAUUACUACUGCUCAUAAUCCUAAAUUUGCUAAGGUGUCUAGGCAAACAACCACUAGAGAUUUUGCCAAGUACUUCACUGAACGUCGUGCUCAGCUUGUUGAGUCUUCUUCUUCUGGUUCUAGUUUGUCUGGUACUACUCUUGGUUCUGUUACUAGUCUUGGUUCUGGUUCUACUUCCUCCUUGCAUAGAAGAACCUCUGCUAGUGCUCUGUUGCAAGCUGCAACUUCUGGUGCUUCUCUAUUAUCUGGUUCUGAAUUGUCUGCCUACCUGGACAGUGAUACUGUUAACCAGUAUGAUGAUGAUUUCAAUAUCUUGAACUGGUGGCAUGAGCAUAAGCUAUCAUAUCCUGUUCUUUCAAUUCUAGCUAGAGAUGUAAUGACUGUUCCUGUUUCAACAAUAUCAUCAGAAUCUGCAUUUAGUAUGACUGGCAGGAUUAUCGAGGAGCGACGACGCCGUCUGGGCCCUGAGGUCGUGGAGAUGUUGGCUCUGAUCAAGGACUGGGAGCAAGCCGAUGCAAGACUUCAGCAUCUCAUAGAGGAUGAAGAACUUGAAGAAUCAUUUGAAAACUUAUAUCUAGAUGUUGAAUCUGUAUAA